GCAUACAAUUCAUGUAGUCGGCGUGAAAUAAUAAAAAAAAUAACAAAAAAAAAAGAAAAGGAAAAGGAACAAAUUAUAUUUUGCUGUGUACUUAUUACUUAACAUAUUUUUUAUUUAGAAUUUUCUUUCUUUUUUAAUUUUAAACAAUUAAAAAGAGUUUUUACAAUUUUUACAUCUAUUAUCUAUUAAAAAAGAAGAGAAAAAAAAUUAAACAAGUGAAAAUUUUAUUUUUUCUUUUUAAUUUAUUGUAAUUAUAUUUAUGCUUAAUUAUUUUACCCUAUUAUCAAGUCAAAAUUGUUCCUGUGAAGAUGCAAGUCUUAUAUAUGAUUUAUAAUAUUCAGAAACGGAUGAUGAAGAAAUACACAGAUAAUAAUGUGGAAAAAUUUUAUUUCCAUAUUGUUGAUUAUUGCGUUUUUGCGGCAAUGCUAAUUUUGUCAGCUGUAACUGGUGUUUACUUUGGCUAUUACAGAAAAAAAAACUUCAAGGAAAAUAUUCAACAGGUGGAAGUACCGAAGAAAACAAAACAAAAACAAGAUUUUGGAUCGGAAUCACUAAAUGAAUAUUUGUUAGGUUCAAGAAAACUGAAAGUAUUUCCAGUUGCAAUGAGUUUAGUGGCAAGUUAUAUUUCUGGUGUAACUGUUUUAGGGACACCAGCGGAAAUUUAUAAUUUUGGAACACAGUAUUGGAUGAUAAUAAUACCGAUUGUAUUUAUGGGACUGGCUGUAUCUCGGGUAUAUUUACCAGUAUUUUCAACUCUUGGUCUUGGAUCGUCAUACCAGUAUUUAGAAAUGCGUUUUAGUUCAGCUGUUCGAUCUAUUGCUUCAGUAAUGUUUGUAAUAGAUGAGGUUUUCUUCUUGCCAAUGAUUGUUUAUGUACCCUCGUUAGCUUUCAAUCAAGUAACUGGUACAAGCAUCUAUAUUAUUGGGGCUAUAGUGUGUGUAAUUUGCGUAUUUUAUACUCUCGUUGGGGGAAUUAAAGCUGUUGUUGUGACAGAUGCUUGGCAAGUAGCUGUAAUGUUUAUUUCGGUAGUUGUAGUUUGUAUACUUGGUUUAAUUGCGAUUGGCGGUCCUGUUGAAGUUAUAAAUCGAGCAAAUGAUGGUGGAAGAUUAAUUUUUUUUAAUGUGUCCCCAUCUUUUUAUGAAAGACAUUCUUUUUGGAGUGUUUUAAUUGGAGGUUUCUUUUACUGGACUUCAUACAAUUCGGUACAUCAAACUAUGGUACAACGUUAUAUGUCACUGCCAAAUAUAAAAAAAGCACAAUGGUCAAUAUGUUGGUUUACAAUCGGAAUUAUAUUGUUUGUGUCUAUAUGCUGUUUUGCUGGUCUCUUAAUUUAUGCUGCAUAUUGGAAAUGCGAUCCAUUAACAGCUGGUUUAAUAAGGAACAACGAUCAAUUAUUUCCAGUUUAUGUAAUGCAAACAGUUGGUAAUCUUCGUGGUGUACCUGGUUUAUUUAUUGCUGGUGUAUUUGGUGCAGCUUUAAGUUCUUUAUCAGUUGUAUUAAAUUCAACAUCAGCUGUUAUUUUAGAAGACAUUGCUAAAGGUUGUUUUAAAUUGAAAUUAAGUGAUAGGGCAUCAACAAUAUUAGUGAAAUCAUCUGUAUUAGUAUUAGGUGUCGUAUCAUUUUCUUUAAUGUUUUUAGUUGAAAGAUUAGGUGGUAUAUUAAGUUUAGCAACAUCAUUAUCAGCUAUAGCAGCUGGUACAACAUUUGGUAUGUUUACAUUGGGAAUGUUAAUACCAUGGAGUAAUACAAAAGGUGUAAUAGCCGGAGCUAUAUGUGGUGCAAUAAUGUCCGGUUGGGUAUCAUUUGGUAUACAAGUAGCAGAAGCUAAUGGUUUAGUUGUACCGCAUAAAUUACCAGUAUCAAUAGAAGGCUGUAUGAAUAAUAGUUCAUUAAUAUUAAGUGAAAUUAAUUAUCCUGAUGAAUCUAAUGUAUUUCCUUUAUAUCGAUUUUCAUUCGAUUGGAUUAGCCCAAUUGGUAUAUUUACUACAGUUAUAGUUGGAACUAUUGUUUCAUUUUUAACUGGUCCAACUGAUUUAAAAACAAUUGAUCCUGAUUUAAUAUCUCCAGUUAUUCAUAGAUUUCUUCCAAAGGAAUGUUUUUUAACUUCAACUGAAGAAAGUUCUAACUUGCCGAUGACAACGCAUAGAGAAGCCACUGUAGCAUCUUUAACUACAUAUUUACUACCAGAAAUAAAUGGAUCUACAAAUGGUGUAGUAACUACUGUAAAAAUGGAGACUAAAACUGAAACGUGAUAUUAAUUUACCUAAAAAUCAAAAACCCAUCGACAAAUUUUAAUCAAACAAAAAAUAAAUAAAAAAAAAAACAAAAUGUAUUUGUAAUUAAUAAAUAAGUAGUUUUAAAAGCGUAAUUAAUUAUAUGAGAAAUAUUUUUAGUUGAGUAUCACAAAAGCUUUACUUAUUUAAUUUGAAUAUUUUUCUUAAGUACUUAAAAAUAAAACAAAUUAAUUAAUAAAUUAGUUUUUAUUAUAAAAGAAAAUAAUAGAAUAAAAAGUGAGUGAUAUUCGGGAUUCCCAACAAAUAGUACAAUAAAAAUGUUGUUGAAUACAAAAACAAAAAAAAACAAUGAAAAUCAAAGAAUGUAGAAAAACAAAAAACAAAUUAAUAAAUGAAAAUAAAUAAAAUAAAUGUAAAAAAAAACAAAUAACAUAAAUGUUUUUAUGCUAUGUAAGUAAGAUAAACAUUUACAUAUACUUAUAUAAACAUUUAAAUGUCACGAUAUUUCAAAAUAAUUUAGAAUGUUACAUUAAGACUUUGUAGAGAAGUAAGAAAUUCAUGGAAAUAAAUUCUUUGAAAAUAAGCACAGAUUGUAUAGUUGAAUAACAUUAAAAAUAAUUAUUAUUGGAACUUACUGGUAAAUUCAUUUUACGUGGGGUAGUACAAAAAUAUCAAAACUAUAUUUUAUUGAAUGGAGAAUCCUUGAACACAAAUUUCAAACUUUGGAAAUAAAAAAAAAGUCUAUAAUGACCAUAUGUAACGUAUGUAUUUUUAUAAUAUCGUGAUAAAAAUAUUUCUUAUAUUCUAGAAAAUAAAAGUCUUUUACAAGAAUUUGUAGUUUAACAUUAUGUAAGAGUCUUAGUUAUUAAGAAUUUAUUUUAUAUUUGUAAUGUUAUAAAUUAUAGUAGAACAGUUUAUACCUUAAUUAAAAUGUUGGAAAUUGUUUUUAUUUUUUGUGUAAUUUUCUUUUAUAUAUAUAUAUAUAUAUUUUUUGUUUUGAAUAUAUAUGACCAUCAUUCUGUGAUAAAAUUAUAUACUUAAACAUAUGUAUGUAAAUAUGGGUACUUUAAAAAAAAAAAAAAAAACAAAAUCAAAAUUUAUUCGAGCAGAUGAAUAAUCAUUUUUUUUUUUUUUUAUAAAAAAUUAAUAAAUAUUUUUUCUUUUUGAUAUAAAAUGAUGACUUAAAAAAAAAAUUAAAUGAAAAAAAUCGGUAAUUAUAAAUAUAUUAUAUAAAUAUAAAAAAAAAUUGUGUAAUAAUGUAAUUUACCUUCUCUUUGUAAAUAUGAAACAAAAGUUUUUAAUAAUAAAUA